AUGGCAGACAAUGAAACAGAUACCUUAAAACAAGGUCAAGAGCUCAAGGACUGGGACUAUUUGAUUUCAUCAAAUAAGGUGUUCACUUUGAAGUUCUUUAGCUUUGACACUAGCAUAAGCCCUUAUUUAGGGGUAUUCUACAACCCCCGAAGAAGCAAAAUUUCUGGUGGAUAUGAUGAUCGCUUGUACAACAAGAAUCCAAAAACCAUUCGUUGCGCUGGAUGUUGUGCAGGAUGUGAUGAUAUAUAUGAUCUGAAAGAUAGGGCAGUUUGGGUGGCUAACAGGAACAAUCCUAUCACAGAUAUGUAUGGCAAGCUCAUGAUAGAUGUCCAUGGCAAGCUGAGCAUUUUAUCUAGUGGAGUCAGUGUAGUUGAUCUCGUUAGUCCUACUCCAGUAGCACGCAACGCAAGUGGUACCCUGUUGGAUAAUGGAAAUUUCAUACUGCAAGAACUAUAUCCAGAUGGGUCUGUUAAACGGGUUUUAUGGCAAAGCUUUGAUUACCCAACAGACACCCUUCUUCCUGGGAUGAAACUGGGGAUCAAUCUCAAGACUGGGCAUCGAUGGUCACUCACUUCUUGGCGGAGUCACGAGCUUCCAGCCGAUGGAUCUUUAGGUUCACAGUAG